UGGCUACAGUUGUUCUUUCAUGCUAUGCGUGUUAGUCAUUAAUUCAUUUAUAUUAGACAAGUGAAGCGAUGUUACAAACUUUGAAUACACUUUAAUGUGAGUUCUAAGAAUCAUUAUUCAGCAUUAUGUUCAAUGCAUAGAAGUGUGGGUUUUGCUAAAAAGUUACACAGUAGAAUAUCGUAAUUUACUGAUAAGAUAAACACAUUCACCAUUCAAUUCAAUUAUAUACUCGAUCUGUCAGUACGAGAAGUGAAUUAACCGGCAACAAUCGAUCAAAAAAAUGGACCCAAACUCCAAACUAUCGACGGAUUAUGCGACGCAAUGUUCCGCUAAAGAAAAAUGUGAACAAUGGGUUGAAAGUAGUGAAUUUUCAACGACAAGCGAUGAUUUGUCUUCCAUCAGUGGACGCAGCACAGAAUUCGUUUCUUCUGUAGAGGAUAAUGAUGCCAGCUCGAUUGCAGAUGACAUAGCCAAUAUUGAUUUAAAUAGUGCGAAUAGAGGAGACAAACUGAAAGUAGUGUCAUCCCAAUCGAAUAUUUCUGAGUUUAGGCACACGGAAAUACUACAAAAUGUGUUCAAAGGAAAUAAUACUCAGACAUUCAAAAACAUACAGGUUCAAAACUCAAACAAAGUGCACAUCGGGAACGUAACGUACGUGACGGGACCCAUUCAUAUUAUACAAACGAACGGUAACAGUUCGAGCCCUAUUCAACAAUCCAUCAUCAACUCAACGCAAUCUACCUCACAUCAUCCACGCGAAGGACAAAUGAAAGUUAAACCCAGUGAAGUAGGAAUAGAAAAGGAAGAACGAAACAGAGACGACAUAUUUCUCUCGAAUGUUUCGAAAAAUAUUGAUACCACAGUACUACGCAUGGUUAAUCGCCGGACAUGGCUUGCGCAGCCAGCAUUGGACCAUCAAGCACUAGAAACUCCUGUCCCCUACGUAGUCAUCUCACAUACGGCCACCGAAUCAGCCGACACCCAAGCUGAUAUGGUAUACAUGGUUAGGAACAUUCAAUGCUUCCAUAUAGAAUCGAGACGAUGGAAUGACAUUGCUUACAAUUUCCUGGUUGGAAACGAUGGAAACGUCUACGAAGGCCGGAGUUGGACGGGACUCGGGGCACACACGUACGGCUACAAUACACGCUCGAUCGGUAUCAGCUUUGUGGGCUGCUACAUGAAUGAGCUUCCCGCUAGAGUUGCGCUCGAGGCAUGUAAAUUGCUUAUUGAGAGGGGAGUUCAAGAAGGUUACAUCCAACCAGAUUAUAAACUAGUGGCGCAUUGUCAGUGCAGUGCAACGGAGAGUCCCGGACGUAUGCUUUUCGAAGAAAUUAAAAAAUGGCCCCAUUGGACGUCAGAACCUUGAAUUAACAAAAAUAUGUUUUGUUCAAAAUCACUUUUCUAUAAAUGAUAUUAAUGAUCAGCUUUUUUUUUUCUCGGGCAACACAAACUAGUCAACUGCAUCGUUGAAGAACACUUUCGCACUACUCAGAUUACAAAAUAGAAGAUCGAAUUCCUGUUGGACCAUAUUGAGUCGUCGCCUAGUAAGAGCAAAAGUUUGUAACAAUUUGUCACCGUCAUUCGUCUGUUGGUGCUGUGUAUCUAAUUUUUCAAUUUCUUUAGUGUAUUUGUUUUUUACCGAGCGAAACCAAUGCAGUGAGUUGAAUUUGGACGUCUGAUCCAGCAGUUUUAAAAUAUAAGCGAUUCCUAAAAGACAGAUUGAGUAUUAUUAAACUUUGAACGGUGAAUGACUGAAACUUACCCAUGGCGAAUCCAUCAUCUGUAAAUAAGGCACCCAUUUUAUCUCGUUUGGCUAACUUUUCCUUUGCCUUCAAGAUGUACUCCACAAAGUUUAUCGUCAACGGUGGAAUGAUCAUAUAGAAUGUUUGAAGAUGAAUGUUCUCGGCAUGACGCAGAUUUAAAAAUGCGUUGA